AACACCACGCCUAGCAGUUGCGGUUUGAGAGAAGCAAAAAUGGAUGUGCCCACAGUGCAAUAUGAAGCCGUCAUCACUGUGCCUCCACUGAAGAUGACAGUACCACGGCGAGUUCGCCGAGUUCUGGUGAGCGAUCCUAAGACGGCCGCAGAAGAGUUUCGUGGGUGUUACCAAGUGGUCAUGUACUACGAGAAUUUGGACGAGGAGGGGUUUGGAUGGGUUCUGGCAGGGUGGAUCGUGGAGUCCCUGGGCAUAGCUCUAUCGGAGCACCCAAUGAUCGCCGGCCGGCUUCAGAGGAAGGCGGAAGGAGGCGGUGGAGACCCGGAAAUGGAAAUUCUGUCGAAUGAUUGUGGCAUUCGAAUGGUGGAGGCUCGAAUCUCCAUUGCUCUCUCAGACUUUCUUGAAUCCAGUGAAAAGCAUAAUAUUGAGCACGAGCUUGUCUUCUGGAAGGAUAUCGACGAGCAGAGUCCCGAGUUCUCACCUCUGUUUUACAUUCAGAUGACCAGCUUCAAAUGUGGAGGGUAUUCAAUCGGCAUUAGCUGCAGUCUGCUGCUGGCAGAUUUUCUUGUGGUUGAUAAUUUCCUGAAGAAAUGGGCAGACAUACACAAGAACGAAGCAGUACGUAAUGGGAAGACAAGAAUGCCUCUAUUUUACCAUCCUCGUCUGAAAAAUGCCGAGGCCCCUCCCCCAAAUAUAAUUCGCCGUACGCCGUACAAGAACGGUGGUCCAAGCUUAUUAUUUAAAAUCACUUCUGAAGAUUCAGAGUUUGAGAUGGAAUCCGCUCGGCUUUGUGUUCAGGAGGCCGAGAAAAAGCUGCACAGAAAAAUGGGGUCGGAGUUUUCUCUGUUUGUGAAAGAACCAUCUGAGGUUAUCAAGGUGGAGGCUUGUGAAUAUAGCAGACAGGCUCUAGGAUUCAAGCAUCAAGUCAGUUGUGCGACAUGGGAUGAGUUUGGAGUGUACGACAUAGCGUUUCACGAAGGGAAGAGGCCUGUUCAUGUGUCUCGUUGGAUUGGAUCGGCUUCUGAAGGAAAUGUGUUGGCAGUCAAAUAUCCAAAGGAGGGUGUUUCCGCAGUUAUGGUAGUCACACUUGCCGCUGAAAACGGCACUCUGAAUUGAUGCAUGCGUAAUGUAAGCAAGCAUGAACAUUUACUUGUGACCGAAAUUUGGUUCUCCUGUGAAGAAACACGGACUUGUUACUAUAUUUUACUCGUCAAAAUGUGAUCUGCAGAAAUUUAUUACUUGGCAUAAAAAUAAAGAAUUUAUUA